AUGUCUGGGACUCUGACCCCCAGUGAGAGUGCUAUGUCUGGAGCUCUGACCCCCAGGGAGAGUGCUAUGUCUGGGGCUCUGACCCCCAGUGAGAGGGCUAUGUCUGGGUCUCUGACCCCCAGUGAGAGGGCUAUGUCUGGGGCUCUGAACCCCAGUGAGAGGGCUAUGUCUGGGGCUCUGACCCCCAGUGAGAGGGCUAUGUCUGGGGCUCUGACCCCCAGUGAGAGGGCUAUGUCUGAGGCUCUGACCCACACUCCAUCCUCUACCCCAGAUCCAUCCUCAGACCCAGCUCCAUCUUCUGCCCCAGCUCCAUCCUCAGCCCCAGCUCCAUCCUCUACCCCAGCUCCAUCCUCUACCCCAGCUAAAUCCUCUACCCCAGCUCCAUCCUUUACCCCAGCUCCAUCCUCUACCCCAGCUCCAUCCUCUACCCCAGCUCCAUCCUCUACCCAAGCUCCAUCCUCUACCUCAGCUAAAUCCUCUACCCCAGCUCCAUCCUUUACCCCAGCUCCAUCCUCUACCCCAGCUCCAUCCUCUACCCCAGCUCCAUCCUCUACCUCAGCUCCAUCCUCUACCCCAGCUCCAUCCUCUACCCAAGCUCCAUCCUCUACCCCAGCUCCAUCCUCUACUCAAGCUCCUACCCCAGCUCCAUCCUCUACCCCAGCUCCAUCAUCUUCCCCAGCUCCAUCCUCUACCCCAGCUCCAUCCUCUACCCCAGCUAUAUCCUCUACCCCAGCUAUAUCCUCUACCCCAGCUCCAUCCUCUUCCCCAGCUCCAUCCUCUACCCCAGCUCCAUCCUCUACCUCUACCCCAGCUCCAUCCUCUACCCCAGCUCCAUCCUCUACCCCAGCUCCAUCCUCUACCCCAGCUCCAUCCUCUACCCCAGCUCCAUCCUCUUCCCCAGCUCCAUCCUCGACCCCAGCUCCAUCCUCUACCCCAACUCCAUCCUCUACCCCAGCUACAUCCUCUACCCCAGCUCCAUCCUCUACCCCAGCUCCAUCCUCUACCCCAGCUCUAUCCUCUACCCCAGCUAUAUCCUCUACCCCAGCUCCAUCCUCUUCCCCAGCUCCAUCCUCUACCCCAGCUCCAUCCUGUACCCCAGCUCCAUCCUCUACCCCAGCUCCAUCCUCUACCCCAGCUCCAUCCUCUACCCCAGCUCCAUCCUCUACCCCAGCACCAUCCUCUACCCCAGCUCCAUCCUCUACCCCAGCUCUAUCCUCUACUCCAGAUCCAUCCUCUUCCCCAGCUCCAUCCUCUACCCCAGCUCCAUCCUCUACCCCAGCUCCAUCCUCUACCCCAGCUCCAUCCUCUACCCCAGCUCUAUCCUCUACCCCAGCUAUAUCCUCUACCCCAGCUCCAUCCUCUACCCCAGCUCCAUCCUCAUCCCCAGCUCCACCAUCCUCUACCCCAGCUCCAUCCUCUCCCCCAGCUCCAUCCUCUACCCCAGCUCCAUCCUCUUCCCCAGCUCCAUCCUCUACCCCAGCUCCAUCCUCUACCCCAGCUCCAUCCUCUACCCCAGCUCCAUCUUCAUCCUCUACCCCAGCUCCAUCCUCUACCCCAGCUCCAUCCUCUACCCCAGCUCCAUCCUCUACCCCAGCUCCAUCCUCUACCCCAGCUCCAUCCUCUACCCCAGCUCCAUCCUCUUCCCCAGCUCCAUCCUCGACCCCAGCUCCAUCCUCUACCCCAACUCCAUCCUCUACCCCAGCUACAUCCUCUACCCCAGCUCCAUCCUCUACCCCAGCUCCAUCCUCUACCCCAGCUCUAUCCUCUACCCCAGCUAUAUCCUCUACCCCAGCUCCAUCCUCUUCCCCAGCUCCAUCCUCUACCCCAGCUCCAUCCUGUACCCCAGCUCCAUCCUCUACCCCAGCUCCAUCCUCUACCCCAGCUCCAUCCUCUACCCCAGCUCCAUCCUCUACCCCAGCACCAUCCUCUACCCCAGCUCCAUCCUCUACCCCAGCUCUAUCCUCUACUCCAGAUCCAUCCUCUUCCCCAGCUCCAUCCUCUACCCCAGCUCCAUCCUCUACCCCAGCUCCAGCUCCAUCCUCUACCCCAGCUCCAUCCUCUGCGCCACCUCCAUCCUCAGCCCCAGCUCCAUCCACUACCCCAGCUCCAUCCUCUACCCCAGCUAAAUCCUCUACCCCAGCUCCAUCCUUUACCCCAGCUCCAUCCUCUACCCCAGCUCCAUCCUCUACCCCAGCUCCAUCCUCUACCCAAGCUCCAUCCUCUACCCCAGCUCCAUCCUCUACUCAAGCUCCAUCCUCUACCCAAGCUCCUACCCCAGCUCCAUCCUCUACCCCAGCUAAAUCCUCUACCCCAGCUCCAUCCUUUACCCCAGCUCCAUCCUCUACCCCAGCUCCAUCCUCUACCCCAGCUCCAUCCUCUACCCAAGCUCCAUCCUCAGCUCCAUCCUCUAUCCCAGCUCCAUCCUCUACCCCAGCUCCAACCUCUGUCCCAGCUCCAUCCUCUACCCCAGCUCCAUCCUCUACCCCAGCUAAAUCCUCUACCCCAGCUCCAUCCUUUACCCCAGCUCCAUCCUCUACCCCAGCUCCAUCCUCUACCCCAGCUCCAUCCUCUACCCCAGCUCCAUCCUCUACCCCAGCUCCAUCCUCUACCCCAGCUCCAUCCUCUACCCCAGCUCCAUCCUCUACCCCAGCUCCAUCCUCUUCCCCAGCUCCAUCCUCAGCCACAGCUCCAUCCUCUACCCCAGCUCCAUCCUCUACCCAAGCUCCAUCCUCUACCCCAGAUCCAUCCUCUACCCCAGAUCCAUCCUCAUCCUCUGUCCCAGUUCCAUCCUCUGCCCCAGCUCCAACCUCUACCCCAGCUCCAUCCUCUACCCCAGCUCCAUCCUCUACCCCAGCUCCAUCCUCUACCCCAGCUCCAUCCUCUACCCCAGCUCCAUCCUCAGCCACAGGUCUCACACACUCAGCUCUGAAAAGCACUUCUCUCAGCAGAACAGUGUGA